AUGAGCUUUAAGCCAGCAGCGAACCUCAAGCCAGCACCAGGAGCACCUGGAGUUGCAGCACCAAAGCCAGCACCUUUGAAGCCUGCUGGUGUUGGAGCACCAGCACCAGCUGGCAGCGUCCCACCAAGACCUGCCCCAGUUGGAUUGAAGCCAACAGGCGCACCAGCACCAGCUCCAGGAGCAGUGCCACCAAGACCAGCGGUGCCUGCACCAGGUGGCGGCGCCACCCCACCACCCAGACCCGUUGGCGUUGCACCAGUGGGCGGCGCUUCAAAGCCAGCACCACCACCUGUCGCCUCAAGAGCGCCAGUCUCAACACCACCCGCUGCAGCUGCACCACCACCUGCCGCCGCACCCAGACCCGCGGCACCAAAGCCCGCGCCCAAGCCAGCAGCACCCAAAGACGAGGACGAUGAUGGAUGGUCAGACGACGAGGACAUGUCCGCACCAAAGAUGUUGUGCACAUGUCGCGUGAUCAGGGACUACAUCCCAACAGACAACAAGACAUUGACACUGAUUCUCGACGAUCUGGUCUACGUCUUUGACAAGACCAACAAGGACUGGUGGGAGGGCGAGACCAAAGGUGUCUACGGUCGUUUCCCCGCUGCCAAUGUAGAGAUCAUGAAGUAUUCAUAA